ACGGAGGAAGGGUGCACGCCGCCCGCUCCUGCCACCCUUUUGACUACCUAGUGAGACAGAGACCAAGGGAGGGAGCCCGCGCACACGCACACAGGGAGAGGAAGAGUACCUGGAGGCUGCGAGGAGGGACGGAGGAAGAGGAGAGAUAAAGGGAGAGACGGAAAGACAGUUUUGAGAGUAACCUGGUAACCUAAUCAUUACUAGGUCAAAAUUAUUCUUCCGUUUACAACCAAAUCCUCUUCCUGGUCCUCCUGAUCCUCCUUCAACGCCUCCUGCAAGGUUGGAUCCCCUUAGUAAGAGGAUCAGAUCUUCCUCUCCCGCCCUGAGCAGUGUCCUUGAGUCCUUCACCGCCUCGCCCUCCUUCCCGUAUCCUGUGUGCGUGGCAUCAUGGUGGACGCCCGCCCCCUGCCCCCGUCUUCCCCCCGCGGCCCCCUCUGUGCCCCCACUCUGCUACUGACACGCACACACACUCACUAACCCCACUAAUGUACGUGUAAGACUUAUAUACAUAACAUUCACACAGACUUACAGACGCACAUACACACACACGGCUCCCUUCCACCCCUCCCACCCACCGUCCCCUCCGACAUCCCCCCCUCCAAGACUGAACUGAAGCACUGAACGUCUACUGAAGCCUUGAACUGAAGCUUUGGUAUGGGCGGCCCCCUUCUCGUCCUCUCGCUGCACUCCCUCAGCUGAAACAAUGGUGAGGUGGGUGGCCGUUGUGGUGGCGUGGGCGUGCGUGGGCGUGCAGGAGGCCAUCGGGGCGUGCACUGUGGCUGAGUUCCCGUGCAAAAAUAGACAGUGCGUGCGUCUGGACCGCUACUGUGACGGCACGCAGAACUGUGACGAUGGGAGUGACGAGCCGCCCAGCUGUACACCCUGCAAUCGGACUUACUACGGCAGGAUUGGGUCAACCUACACGCUGCAGGUUCACAAGCCCCAUGAGACUAGCCUGCCACACUUCUGCCAGUUGACCUUCAUGGCAUCAGGAGAGCUGUACAGUGACUUGGUUCAGCUUAGCAUUGAGAAGUUCAGCGUUGGGAGGUUCCUGUCACACACCAAGGAGGGCUGCCCGGACGGCCACAUGCAGAUUGAGGAGCUAAGCCGCCCCCAGAACAGCGGGUUCUGGUGCGGCACAUCCUGGGGCCACAACGUGUACUACUCGGAGACCGCCGCCGUCACGCUCAUGCUGCGGGUUUUCAACCUGACCAAGGUGCCGCAGGACCGAGGCAACCCGGCUUCCUUCCAGCCUCAGGACACCGUCAUGCUGCGCCUCUCCUACCGCUUCCUGCGCAAGGAGCGUGCCGUGCUGCGCUACGGGCCGCCUUACAAGCCCAGCUACCGUGGCGAGGACCUGCCCAACUCCUUCUGCGACAAGUACUUCGAGAAUUGCGACAAGCAGAACUGCAAGAUCCAGUCCCCGAACUUCCCCGGCAUGUACCCGCGCAACCUAACCUGCUACUACCGCGUGCGCCAGACGCGCGUGCCGGAAGGCAAGGUGGCGCUAGUUUCCGUGCUGCAGCGCAACCCGCACCUCAUCUACAUCAAGGACCGCAACGCGCCGCACCUUUCCCGCGAGCAGCGCCUGGAGGUGGGCACGGCCUGCCACGAGAUUCACGACUACCUGGUGGCCUAUGACGGCAACACGACCCGCACACCCGUGCUGGCCAAGGUGUGCAAGGGCGGCACGCCGCUGUCACGCAUCACGGCCAGCGGCCCUGACCUGCUGCUGCUGUUCCACGCCUCGCCCUACGACUUUCCCUUCCAGGACUCGCCGCGCCGCCACAUCUUUGGCUUCGAGCUGGACGUGGAGGUGGAGUUCGUGGACAAGGAGAGCACGGCAUACGUGCGGCGCGGCGGCCAGUGCAACUACGAGGCCACGAGCAUGGGCCAGCGCAGCGGCUACGUCCAGGCAGCGGCGCACUCCUUGCUAGCCAACACCACGUGCACGUGGCGCCUGCGCGCUGGCACUGCCGAGGUGGUGUGGCUGUACUUCCUGCACUACCGUCACGUGCAGCACCCCGAGAUGCCACGCCCCGCCCACUGCCCCAACACUCUCACCAUCUACAACGGCCCCGAGCCCGUGCACGGUGCGCCCGUCAACGACUCCUUGCUGCUGGGCCAGUUCUGCAAGCCGGAGAAGCUGCCGCGCGUGUGUGGCGGAGUGCACGCCCCCGGGCCCUACUCUGCGCCCUGCGCACCCCACGAUAGCUACGUAUCCUCGUUGCCCGGCAUGACGCUGUCGCUGCGCUACGCCGCAGGCACCACGCCCGCUCACGUGGAAUUUCUGGCGCGCUACGAGUUCGUGGACACCCGCCAGUGGGGUGACCCUGCCAGUGGGGGCGGCCCCUGCGACAGGGUGUUCACCGUGCGGCCUGACCGCCUGUUCGCCUCACCGCGCGACGUGUUUCUUUUUGGGCGCGGCGGGUCGCGGCGCCUGCGGUGCGUGUACACCUUCGAGGUGGGCCCACAGCAGCGCGUGUCACUACGCCUGCUGCGUGCCAGGAUGGGCCCCGCCUGCACCACGCUGUACCACAACGCCUCGCGGCGCCACGAGUGCUCCCACGGCGGCGCAGCGGGCCAGCCAUCCAUCACACUGGUGGAGGAGCCCUGGCCUGGCGUGCCCCUGCAGCGGGCAUGUCUGUGUAACGUGUCCCACGGGAGACCCUUCAGCCUGUUGUCCUACACGCGGCGCCUCACACUCACCUUCACCGUGCCGGACAUGACUCCCGCUGAUGACUACAACCACUUCUUCUUCGAGGGCGAGUACUCGGUGGUGCCCGAGCCACCUGAGGUGGCGCGCCGCUGCAACCAGACAGCGCGCCUCCUGCACGGCGCCUUCGGCAACUUUACUGUGGGCGCGGGGCGCGGUGACCUGUGUGCCGGCCUGCCGCGCCUCAUCCGUGCCGUGGACGCUUCCUUUCUGUUCAUGCGAGUGCGCGGCUUCGCGGCCGUCGGGGACAACUGCCGCGUGGCGUCGCGCAUCAACGUGUUCGCUGCGGGCGGCGUGGCGCCCCUGGCCUCGGUGUGUCCGGAGCGCCGUGACGUAUUCACCAACAUCUUCAGCAGCGGCUGGGACCAGUUUGACUUCCGCUUCCAGGACGAGGACCUGCUGUGGGGCAACAUGACGGGCCUCGCCGCACCCGCCACGCCGACCACUGCCGCCACCACUGCCGCCACGCUGGGCGACCACGGCGACCAUGGCCUGUCAUCCACCCUCUCCUCCACCACCACCACCACCACGACCACCACAACCACUACUACCACCACCACCACCACCACCACCACCACCACCACUAUGGUCCCCAUCCUGCACGGCGUGGCCUCCUCCCUGCCAGGGCCUACCGAAGCGGCACCGCGCCUGGAGUCCCGCGACCUUUUGGUGGAGUACGUGGGGAACUACUCCGGCAACUUCCUGGUGACGUGGGUGUCGCUGUGGCGGCCGCUGCGUGCCGAGGCGUUGGUGUCCGUGGCGGCGGAUCCCUGCCCGCACGGCUGCUAUGACAUCGGCGCUUGUCUGCCGCAGGAGCUGUGGUGUGACGGCAUUCAACACUGCCCCACCGGCCAGGAUGAGGGCCCCACGGCGUGCGGCCUGCUGGCGGCGCUGCCAUGGGUGUACCUGAUCGCCGCCGCCGUGCUGAUGCUGUCGUUGGUGGCACUGUUCGUGGCCGUGCUGGCACACAAGCGCCAGGUACGCACGCAGAAGGUGGUGGCGGAUGCGGCGGCGCUGGCCCUCAACAACGGCACCAGCCUCAAGGGCGGCACCGACCUGCUGGUGCCGCCCUCGGACACCUGGUGACAGCGCGCCCCCGCCGGCGGCGACGACCUGGUCUGCGUGGACUACGAGACCACGGUGUAGCCGCGGCGGGGACCCACACCGCCACCACCACUACCACCACCACUACCACUACCACCACUGCUCUGUGUGUACGUGUGCGUGUGUGUACGUGUGUGUACGUGUGUGUACCACCGUGUUGCUGUACGUACGUCUGUCUGUGUGUGUUGAUGUGAAUAUGUACAAAGCUGUUAUAGGUGUACAUUAUAUAGACAAGGAGGGAGUGAGGGUGUGGGGGUGCACGCCCCCACACCCUCACUCCCCUUCCCGGACGCCCACACCCCCCUUCCCCCAAUCUGACCCCGAAAAAACCCAUUAGUAGACGGUAAACACAGGCGCCCCACUCCAGCCCCCCACCAGCCCCCGGGCCCCCCUACCUGAACGAACAUAGAUCAAAUAUUGUAAUCAUUUCUGGUGAUAUAAAAAAUACUCUAUUCUGUUAAGUUUUAAGUGUGUGUGUGUGUGUGUGUGUGUGUGUGUGUGUGUGUGUGUGUGUGUGUGUGUGUGUGUGUGUGUGUGUGUGU